AGAAACCGGUUGCGGUCAUUAUUAUUCACAUUUUCACACAGAUCCAUUGAUUCCAUAUUUCUGUACAUUUUUACUCAUUCAAUGUUUAUUUUUGAGAGGUUGUGUCUCCUUAAUCUGAUUAUUUUGAUCUGUAAUAUGACGUUAGCCAGCAGCCAUGCUAGCUAGCUAACUCACUGACGUUUGCUAGCCCGGAGCUGCUAGCGCUAGCGCGACAGUUGCUGGACUCACACGGGUGGUGUUUUUUUUCCUUCGCCGUAGAGAGAAUAGCUGGAGAGGGAGGUGGGCAAGUGGGCUGUGUCGCUUUAAGAGAAGGCGGAGAGUAGCGACCGGACUGUUUGUGAGCCUACCGGGACCGGUCCUGAAUAGACACUUUAAAUUUUUUUUUUUUUUUACAUUUUUCUUCUCUGUCCCAUCGCUUUGAGCUUGGUCUUGGUGUAGCUAUCACUUAUUAAUUAGUUCCGGGGAAAUGUGACGCUCGGAGGCGGGUUUAUACGAAAUUACGGCGACCUCAAGAGUUUUGUGGAGGGCGGGUUACGCACAAGGCACGCACAAAAAAGACCAAUGUCCGUUCUCCCCAUGCUAGCUGGCACGGUACUUACUCCAAGAUGAUAGAGAUGUCCGUUGAUAAAGAGACUGCUUUAUCUGGCGAUAAGUCGGGGGAACUCUCCUUUCCCCCACCACCCCAACAACUCACUGAACUUUCAGGACAUUGCCCUAGGGACUCCCAGCGACCCCCAGAAACAACAGUCACAAACCUUGUCAGGGAAGAUGAACACCUACCCAAAAUGGCUGACACGGUCUGUCGGCCUGCAAGCGACGGUGUAGUGGCUGCAGCCGAUCCCGCUUUGCAGAGCCAAAAUGGCGUGCAGCAGCCCAGACCCCAGCAUCAGCAGCGGCUGAACAAGCGUCGCAGCACGAUGAGCAGCGGCUUCAAGCACCCCAUGUUUGGCAAACGCCGUCGCCGUACCAACUCGGAGAGCGAGUCCGUCCUUCCCACCAACUUCCUCUUGGGCGGGAACAUUUUUGACCCGCUCAACCUCAACAGUCUACUGGACGAGGAGGUGAACCGGGCGCUCAACGCUGAGACGCCCAAGUCUUCGCCCCUGCCAGCCAAGAGCAGAGACCCCGUUGAGAUCUUGAUCCCACGAGACAUCACUGACCCGCUCAACUUGAAUGGCUGCACAGCCGGGGACGGAGGGCUCCUGCUCACGCCCCUGAAGAGCAGCGGGGGCAGAAGGCGCCACCGGAACAGGCACCACGGCGGAGCUGGAGCAGCAGGAGGUGGAGCCGGGAGAGGGGGCGACGGUGCACCGACCCAGCCUGACCCGUCCGAGUCUGAGAGGGGUAAGACGAGUUCAGCUUUGCAAACAGAAGGAGCAGUAGAGUCCUCAGGCCUGCAUUUCAAGUUGGGCAGUGUGGCGGACAGCCAGGAGCCCAAGGCCACAGUGGAGGAAGCAGUGGAGUCGAAUUCCGUACCCGUCCGAGAGACGAAGUGUCCCAGUGGGCUGAGUUCUGUCCCCAGCCGAGAGGAGGGGGAGGAGAGUACCACCACUACACCUGUAUCAGACACCACCACACUGACCAUCCCUGCUACGCAUGCCCCCACCGCCCCCUCCCACCGGCAGCGCAAACGCAGGCGCACCACCAGCAGGUCCGAGAGCAGUGGCGCCCCUUGCUGGGACAAGACCCGACCUCCAGGUUCUGCUCCUGGAUCAGUACGACCCCCUCAGCCUGUUCACACCCCAGCCACGGGCACUCAGGCUGGGUCCAGUGACCGGCCGCAUCAGCCUCCCAACCACCGGAGGCAGCAGAGGACCCCUAGUCGGCAGAAACCCAAACAACAACAACAACAGCAGCAGCAGCAGCAGAAGUUUCAGUAUGGCAACUACAACAAGUACUAUGGCUACCGGAACCCAGGCUUGAGUGAGGACCCUCGGGUGCAUGUCCUACAGUCCGAGUGGUUCCAGGGCAAGGCCGUGCUGGACCUGGGCUGCAACACAGGUCACCUGACCCUGUCCAUCGCCAAGAGCUGGCGCCCAGCACGCAUCGUGGGUCUAGACAUAGAUGGGAGGCUGAUCCACGCGGCCCGACAGAACAUCCGGCACUACCUCUCCGAGGUGCACACGCUUCAGGCUCGCUGCGCCGGCCACAGUGACAGGAGCAGAGCGAAAGGGGCCAUGGUGGCACAAGGAGGAGGAGGGCUGGAGGCAGAGGGUGGCAAAGCCGGGGAGAAGGCGGAGGAGGAGGAUGGCAUGGAGGUGGAGGAGCAAAGAACGAAGGCUGAAAAAGGAGAGGGAGAGAGUGAGGGAAUGGCGGCCCAGGAUCCGGAGACGGACACGCCUCGAGAGGGAGACGACGUCCCGGAGACGGGAUGGGUCGAAGGAGAGAGCGCGGCUGUGGAGACGACGGGCCAUCCGGGUAGUGAGAAAGUGGGCAAGAAGGGAGAUGUGGCCUCCCCCAACGGGAAUCAUGUAUUCCCUGUCUCCCUCCGCAUGUCCAGGGGGCCCAUCGCUGCACCUCCGCUCCCCGACACACACACCUUGCCACCGGGCGACUUCCCUGCUAACGUCACCUUUGUGAAGGGGAACUAUGUGCUGGAGAGUGACUUACUGCUCCAGACCCAGAGGGAAGAGUUUGAUGUAGUUCUGUGUUUGAGUGUCACCAAGUGGGUGCACCUGAACUGGGGCGAUGCUGGCCUCAAGCGCCUUUUCCAUCGAGUCUAUCACCACCUCCGCCCUGGUGGACUCUUCAUCCUUGAACCGCAGCCCUGGUCCUCCUACAGCAAGAGGAAGAAACUCACGGAGGCUAUCUAUAAGAACUAUUACAGCAUCCGAUUCAAGCCGGAGCAGUUUUCCGCCUAUCUGACCACUGAGGUUGGUUUUUCCAGCUAUGAGCUCAUCGGAACCCCAAAGAGCUCAAACAGAGGUUUCCAAAGACCGAUCUACCUGUUUCACAAAGGAUCUGCUCCUCAAAAGUGAGGUUUUCAAAACUGAGCUGCCUACAGAUCAUUCACACACACAGGAGAAGGUUUGCUAGGACAUGUCUGCCAGCGGAUCGCAACCAAGGCAUCAACUAAACAUCCUUUUGUACGUUUCAAAUUGGGGUCAAGGGAGCGUUUGGACUUCAGGGAAUUUGAACCUGUCUUUCAUACUCCGUGUGAUUGGGGGAAGGGAGGUAAAUGGGUAUGGGGGGCAACAGCAUUCUGUUGCCCAGAUGACCCCCUCAUCACUGCCCCCUGCAGGGUGUCUGUAGCAAGCCACUCUGUUGCCCUACUAUAACUCAUGACUUGUAGCAAAGAAGAACCAGGAUCUUCACAGAAAGACCCAUGGGUAAAGUUCCUCCCUUCACAGAAAGAGUUGUAGUGUUCCAGCUUUUUAAACUGAUCACACCUGAUCCAUUCUGACCGCCCAUAACGAAUGGGGCGUGUGUGCACGCGCGCAUUUUGCUUUGUUUUGCCCCCUGAUGUUUAAGCAGAGGAUUUGGAUUUGUUUAAAUUGUUGCUUGUACAAUGUCUGUUGGAUUGUACUUUCUUUCCUCCAGCUGGAGUCUGGUGUUCACUUCUGGGUUUUUUUUGUGUUUUUUUGUUUUUGUCCUUGGAAAGUCUGAAACAAAUGCAGUUGCCAGCUCGUAGACACUGGUGUGAUAGUGCAGGGUGAUGUGGGAGCAGGCCUACGACUGAACAGGAAUGUCUUUUUUAGACUAAUACACAUGCUCAAACUGUAACCCCACUCCCCCUAUGGCCAACUCUUAAUUCUCACACAUUUAAAGUCUAACUUCAUGACUCCUUCUCCAAUAAAACCUCAUUUUGGAACAUUUUGCUUUCUGCUAGUUUGAAAGCUGCACCAAUGAAUCAGAUCACUUCAUUAAGAGGGGUGUGGUAGGGUGGGCAUUAGCACCUGUGGGUCUUUAACAGCCAGGAGUUAUUUCAGUGUGUGCGUGUUGGUUCUAGUUUUAGCAUUUGUAGCCACGUCAAAAUAGUUGGUUUUGUACGUGCGGAUGUUGCUAUACCGAUACCGUGACUCAGAAGAGCGACGCUAGUAUGAAACUGGUCGUUCUGCAGAUUAGUUGACAUCGCAAGGGAGCCUAAACGAUGGUCUUUAGAAGUGUGAAACGUGACCCCUAUGUCUGAAUAUUUAGAUACUUAGCGUGUGGCUCAUAAAGUGGUUGUAGAGAAAAGGUGAGCCUUCAUUACCGCUCUCGCGCAGAGGAAACCAGUAGGCGCGCGAACGCACACUCACUCAAUUAGCCACAUGCAUUUAGCGAGAAAAGGUAGGGACCGCAGCUCGGAUUUGGAUGACCUCAGCGGGUUUUGUGGUCGGCUCUUCGACUGCACUUUUCAGCAAGGUAUUCUGAGCGUGCAAAUCCCAAGACGAAAUAACGGCCGGUUUAACUCGUUUGCAGUGGAAUCCCGUUUUCUUUCCCUUCCCCGCACCACGUCCUCCCCUGCCGCAAGGCGGCGGCCUGUUCGGAUUUCGAGCCGAGCAGACGAGCCAUGAAACUACGCGGCGCUUUUUCGGCGCUCGGAUCCUGCCGCCUGUGCACGGACGAGGGCGUCGGUCCCCCGGGAACGGGACCGAGUCCGGACCUGGACAGAGCUGUACUCUAUCGCACUCGACUGAUUUCCAGUCGAGUAUUUUAUAAACGAGGUAUAAAUCCUUACUGAAGCAGCUGAAUGUUAAACAGAAAGAUGUUUGUUGAAAUCAAUAAAUAAUUGUAGUUGGAUAAUAAACCACGUUCCUUUCUUU